AUACAUAAAUAGUGUUCAAUCGACUCAGACAGACGCUCAUAUAUGUAUGUGGCCACGUCACAUUGGCUCUCUUUGUUGCUCUCUUUUGUGCCGACAUUCUACGUACAUUUUAUAGGCGGCACAACACCAAAAAGUUUUUAGCUCGUUGGCAAAACAAGUGAAAAUUAAACAAAUACCGUGGGUUUUUUGUUGAUUGGUAAAGGUGUCGUCUAAAACCGCAACUACAGCAAAAGAACACUUAACAAAAAAAAAUAGAAAAAAAGAAGAAAAGAAGAGGGAAAAGAAGAAGAAACUGACAAAUCACUCAGAAUGAAUAUUUUUCGAUUCGCUGGAGAUUUAUCGCAUGUGUUUGCCAUCAUAAUACUAUUACUCAAAAUAUGGAAGACACGAUCCUGCGCCGGCAUAUCGGGCAAAUCGCAAAUACUAUUUGCAAUUGUGUAUUUGACACGCUAUCUGGAUCUCUUCACGACAUACGUCAGCCUCUACAAUUCGGUGAUGAAGGUCCUCUUUUUGGCCACAUCAGGCGCCACCGUCUAUUUGAUGUAUGUGAAAUUUAAGGCCACCUACGAUCACAAUCAUGACUCGUUACGCAUCGAAUUCCUGUUGAUACCUUGUGCCCUGCUCUCAUUGGUGAUUAAUCAUGAGUUCACCGUGAUGGAGGUGCUCUGGACAUUCUCGAUCUAUUUGGAAUCGGUUGCCAUAUUGCCGCAAUUGUUUCUGGUUAGCAAGACGGGCGAGGCUGAAUCGAUAACAAGCCAUUAUCUAUUUGCACUUGGCUCGUAUCGUGCUCUAUAUCUGCUCAACUGGGUCUACCGCUAUAUGGUCGAAUCGCACUACGAUCUGAUUGCGAUCUUUGCCGGCGUUGUCCAAACGAUUCUCUACUGCGAUUUCUUCUAUUUGUAUAUUACCAAAGUGCUCAAGGGCAAAAAGUUACAGUUGCCAGCAUAAGCAGCGAGCCAGCAACAACAAUUCCACAGGAAGCAGACGAGAGACGAGCAAUAAGUGAAGAUGCGGACCGCUUAUCAAAGCGUUAAUUAUAGUUCUUAAUCAUUUAACAACCACAAAAAACAACAACAGUAGCAGCGUGAAAAAGAUAUUGUAUAUCGAGAGAGAGAGUGGAGAAAAUCAUUUUUGUUGCAUUAGUUUAAAGAACGUAUAAAAUUUUAAUUGUGGCACCGUUUAAUAUAAAAAUGCAUAUAAUACCAACUCAUGCAAAUUAUUAAAGUAUACAGAAUAAUGUACAAAAACUCUA